UCUGCUCCCAUUGAAGAGCGCAGGCAAGGCACAGAACCCUCUCGACGCUUUCUCAUAGACCUCGACACCGGCAUGCUGAAGGAACACAGCAGUGAGAUGGAUAGGAGAGUCUCAGGCUGUACGUGCCCUACAACAUGGAGCAUGGGCGGGUCUCUUGCUAUGUGGUUUUUACCCAGAUUCUAUAAUUAUCCAUCCAACUAUGAGUUCAGGCAGGGCACCCAAAACUCUCAGGCUACUCUGGUGGACAUCAGCACCGGGCAGCUGUUGCCCCAUCACUUGGAGAUGCAGAGGAGCACAGCACCAUUGGAUGAGUACAGUCCUGCCACCCUGAUGACACUCAGAAAAGCUCAGAUUGACAUGGAGAGCACUGAUAGUGUUGCUAUAGACACAACCCAUGAAGUAGCUCCACCUGAGCUCCAGAAACAGGGCACAGAACCCUCUCGACGUUUCCUCAUGGACCUCAACACUGGCAUGCUGAAGGAACGUAAGAGUGAGAUGGACAGGAGAGUCUCAGGCUUUUACAACUACCCAUCAAACUAUGAGUUCCGGCAGGGCACUCAAGACUCACAAGUCACUCUGAUAGACCUCAGGACUGGGCAGCAACUUGAGCCACUCUCUGAGAUGCAAAGAAGAGCAGCACUAGGUUAUCACUUACUAUGCUAA